AUGACAACGAACGUACCCAAAGUGUUUGCAUUUCAUGAGUUUACAGGGGUGGCUGAAGCUGUGGCCGAUCACGUGGUUCAUGCCCAAGAUAGUGCACUGAACAGAGAACUCAAGGAGAAGAAGCCUUCCAAUACCAGUCUAUCAGCUAGUGGCCUGAGUGGCGAUGGGAAGAAUAUGGCAAGGGUUUCAUCGACGAAGAGUCUGAAUGCGUCUUCGACAAACUGUUCGCGUGAUAGAUCUGGAUCGGUAAGCAAUAAGAAACUGAAGAAGGAGAAAGAGGCAAGGUUCAAGAUUGCACUUUCAGGUGGUUCUUUGAUCCAAGUUCUGCAUGAAGGAUUGUUGAAAAGGGAAGAUGUGCAGUGGGGGAAAUGGGACAUCUACUUUGCCGAUGAGCGGUUGGUCCCCUUUGAUUCACCGGAAAGCAAUUAUGGUCUGGCAAAGAGAAAAAUUUUCGAUCUUGUCGAUACAGCGCGGUAUGGUGAGCCAAGGAUUUACCAUAUAGAUGAGACGUUAAUCGGAGAUCCUCAAGAAUGUGCAGACAAAUACGAAAAGCUUUUAAUCAAAGGCUUUGCAGGCAGAGACUCUGUGAAGCUACCGAUGUUUGAUCUAUGCCUGCUGGGAUGUGCUCCUGAUGGUCAUAUCGCUUCUUUAUUUCCAAAUUUUCAAGAGAACUUACGUGAGAAGUUAGCUUGGGUUGUUUCUGUCGAGAAUGCUCCUAGCGGUCCAUCAAAUAGAAUAUCACUAACUAUACCCGUCAUUUGCCAUUCCCAUAGAAUUGCGUUUGUUGUGGAAGGUGCGACAAAGGCACCUGUAGUGAAAACGAUUAUGGAGAGACCCGAAAAGGGUCUACCUAGUAGUAUCGUGAACGAGGGGGCAGCUGGUCGUGUGUCUUGGUUUGUUGAUGACGAUGCGUUAACAGAUGUUUUGAUCACAAAAAAGAAGUAUAAAUUUCGUUGCCAAUCGAAAAAUGAAGAGUAG